UGGACAGUGUCAUGGCAACUAAUCCCACAACAAAAGGAAGUAACGCUAAGGUUUUCGCGCACUGAAUAUAUGAGGCUUAAAAUAAACUCUAGAAUUAGAAAAACAAUCACGUUUUUAUUUGAUGAUGCUUUGUUCAAAGGAAGAAUUCAAAGCGUCUCAACAAACAUGGAAUAAUGGAGCGAAAAGUUUGGUGUGAAAACACCCGAGUUGUUGAGCUCUUCUCAGGGCCCCGCUGGGCCCCAGGAGGACGAUGCAUCGCGGUGGGGAUAAGGACUUCCAGAUAACGGCACGAAAGAUGGGCACAUCCUUGCUCUUCCAGCUGUCGGCUCAUGAAAGAGAGCUGGAUCUGGUGUUCCUGGACCACAGCUAUGCCAAACCAUGGAACGCCCACCCAGAUGCCAGCAGCGCCCGGCCCACCAGGACCCUGUUUGUUACCGCUCGCCGCCAGCCUGAAGCCUCGUUAGAAUCGGAUGCUGUGUUGGAUGUGGAGACCGUCACACCGACACCCGUUCCUCUUUAUGAUAAUCAGAAAGCUCUUGGUGUGAUGAAGGAGUGUGAGCGUCACGUUCUGUUUGCUCGAACAAUUGCUGAGAGCCCUCCGCCCCCCGAUGACUGGGAGGAACAUGUUAACAAGACUGGAUGGUCUGUCGCCCAGAACAAACUGUUCAAUAAAGUCCUUAAAGCUCUACAAGCUGAAAGACUAGCCCGGCUGGCCAAUGAAAAUGCUUCCAAUGAGCCAAUCUUGCGGAGAAUAGCUGUCGACAAGUGUGCCAGGAAAGUACGGCAUGCGUUAGCCAGUGUGAACUGGGACACCAAACUGACUCAGUGGUUACACACCACCAUGAUUGAGUCCUUAAGCCUCGCUAUGCUCGCCGCUUACUUGGAUGUGCUGCAGACUCUCAAAAGCAAGUUGCCGUUGCUGAUUGACAGGAUGUUGCUGACAACCGCAAAGACGGGCACUCCGAGCGCAGAGGCCCUGUCGCUGCUAUUGAAGCGGCCCUGGGACCCUGCUGUCGGAGUCCUGUCUCAAAACAAACCGAGCAAGCUUCCUGGAUCGCCACUCAUCCUAAUUGCACCAUCAUGCCCGACCAAUCCCGCCCUCUCUACUUCACGGCGAAUGAGAUUCUGGCAGUCGCAACUCUCUUGUCUGGGAAAGGUCAUUCCAGUGCACAGUCACGUGAACAGCGGUGCCAAUAUUGGCAUCACACAGUGCUUGGAGCACAUGCUGGGGACUGUCAGGGCCAAGGUCAUGGAGGUUCACAGUCACUUCCCUCACAAACCCAUUAUCCUGGUUGGCUGGAACGCCGGUGCUCUCAUCGCCUGUCACGUAUCUCUCAUGGAGUAUCUGACCGCUGUAGUGUGUCUCGGCUUCCCCCUGCUAACAGUCAAUGGGCCACGAGGGUGUGCCACUGGUUUGCAGGAUGUGGAUGACCCGCUGAUGGACAUGAAGACCCCAGUGUUGUUUGUGGUUGGCCAGAACGCUCUGCAGUGUAGCAUCGAGGGCAUGGAGGAGUUCAGAGAGAAGCUGAGGGCCGACAACAGCAUGGUGGUGGUGGGAGGAUCAGACGACAACCUCAGAAUCAAUUCGACAAAGAUGAAAUCAGAGGGACUAACGCAGACUAUGGUCGACCGCUGCGUUCAGGAUGAGAUAGCCGACUUCCUGUCGGGCGUCCUCACGCGGGCGGAGAGCCACGGCCACGGCUCCGGGGAGAUGAGGGACCUGGACACAGAGAAGAAGAAAAGGCCUCGGCGGGAGCUUCCCUUCGACAUGGAGAGAGGACGACCCUCCUCCCCCGCACUGAGGGUUCCCAUCUCACCUUCGGGUUCAGAGGAUCUGUCUAGCGUCUGUAGCAGUCCCACUUCAAGUCCCAAACCUAAGACGUCUGGUCUCUCUCCAGCGCAGAAGUCCAGUCUGAUCACGGCUACGCAGCUCCUCAAGACGCACAUGCAGCGCUCCGGCACAGUGCUCACUCCCAAGCAGGCCCAAGCUCAGUUUGCUGCUUUUAUGAAACAGAACAUGCUUGUGAGGAAAAACCUUCCUCCUGGCACCCCUCCUUGUAUUUUUGUGCCGGUGACCAGCGAUCAGAUGGAGGGCCUGGACAGAGAUGAACUGAGGUCCCAUGGCAGGAGGAGGCAGGCGCCCGGUGCCCAAACAAGCAAAGCUGCCAAGAGAGCGAAGAUCAAGGUCACCAUUCUUUCCCAAGGCGAGUCGGCAGGGGGCACCGCCAGCCCUGCCGCACAGGAAGUGGGUGUCUCUGGGAAGCCCUUAAGAGUCACCGUGGGACAGACCGUGGCUGACGCAAAGGAGCUCUGUGGACUUCUGAAAGGCCAGCGGUCUGGUAGUCUCUCAGAGGUUUCUGGGGCCCUGUCCCCAGGCUCCAGCUCAUUCAGCAGCGCGCAGCCUUGCACGGUGUCAGGGUCCUCCGCACCGGUCCAGGCGCAAGCUCCGGCUACUGCCCAAGCCCCGUCCGCCAGCAGUCUACUACACGGCCUAAGUUUCAGUCUGCAGGAGGUCAUCACCAAAGCUCCUAGCUUGCCCCCCACAGCAGCCAAUACUGGCAGCACACAGCUCCAGGCGCUCAGUGGAAAGCCCCACGACCAGGUCCUGAGCUCCGUCUGUACCAGCAGCAGCACUCUGCUCCCCCGGGCGUUACCCGUGGUCAGCACAGGAGGAGGGGCUAAAACCACCGCCAUCCACCAGCUGCUCACUAACGGCGGGCUGGCCAAGCUUGCCAGCAGCUUGCCCGGCUUGGCGCACGUCCCCAAUCAGCCCGCUGAGCAGAAAGCCCCCACUUCCAUAACGGUGACCCUGCGGGAAGCACAGUUGAGUAGAGCGGGAUCUCUCAGGCAAGCUGAUGAGGUUGUGACGCCGCCGCAGAGCCUUGAGUCCGAGCACUUAAAGGUGUCCUUGUGGUGAUGCAACUGGUCUAAGCUGCUGCUGGUCAGGAGGCAUCUGGGAGCUGCCGCUUUGCAAAGACCCCAACAGCAACGCCUGCCUCAGAUCCUCCAGCGAGCUCCCUGAUGGAGAUGAUUGAAAACAGCCAGGCAGUCGCUGUGGAUGUGGAUGUGGCGCUGCGAUGCUUAGCCGCUUUGCACAGAUGGGUAACGCUUUGCAGAGACUGCAAUGGUUGGUCUUCGUGCUACAGACUGUGGUCUCUUCCACACAUAAUUGCUUUUUGUGCAGUGUUUUUCUUUCCCAGUCGCAAACAGCUUCCCAAUAUGGUAGGCCUGAAAUAUGUUGGAGUAAGAACUAAACUUAAAAUGAAUUAAAAGUCUGUUUUGGCCAUGAUCAUGUAAUUGCAGAAGUUAGUGUUUUUGUGCCUUGAGCUGACUGCGUCUACACAAAGCUCACUUUGAAUAAUAUCCACUGAAAAAGCUGCAUAACGCGUAUGCGUAUGCAAGCGUAUGUGUUACAUUUGUUUCUACUAAACUACUGUAUAGGACGUUCUGUCGCAUCCGCACUGUGUAUGGACUUUUUCUUUAAAACAGCCAUGUGAAAAAAA